AUGAACUUAGAAUCGAGUUGGAAGUCGGUCACAUCUUAUUUUGAUGAACUGCCAACAUGGGGAAAAGCGGCUUUAGUUGGUAGUGGUUCAUUACUCAUCUACAAACUUUUUAAUCAAAAACACACGCGGAAUACUCCAAUUAAAACUAAUUGGGAUGCAGGGAUUGUCUAUCUGUAUCAAUUUCCACGCACACGUUUCAUUCCAAAUAUAUCGCCUUACUGCUUGAAGCUAGAAACGUGGCUAAGAAUUGCAGAGAUACCUUAUAAGAAUGUUCCAUGUGGUAUAUUCACUCGUUCCACUGAAGGAACUCUGCCAUUUGUUGAGUAUAAUGGGAAGGAAUACCAUGAUUCUUCUUUCAUUAUCAGAGAUUUAACGAAUAUUCUCGAGAAAAAGUCUCUCGAAGAACAUUUGUCAGAUGAACAACGAGCGACCGGUAGAGCAUUCGAGAAAAUGGCAGAAACAAGUUUGAGUCAAAGCUUACUCGUUUCCAGAUUGGAAAACAUCGAUAAGAUAAUCGAGAAUUUACCUCCGCAUCUAUACGGCGGUAUUUGGUUUUAUCUGUUUUCGGGUAUUUUCAAAAAGUAUUUCGUAAAAGCGAAACGAAAUGUCCUAUUCAUCUCUGGAUUAGGAAAGCAUACUCGCCAAGAACAGAUUGAAAUCGGAAGUGAUGAUCUUAAAGCGAUCAGUAAGUAUUUGGGAGCAAAACAUUAUUUAACCGGUUUCAAGCCGACUCGAAUUGACGCUACCUUAUUUGGAGUUCUAGCACAAGUUGUCUAUGCCCCAUAUGAGUCGGAGCAUUUAGAUCUCAUUAAAACCGAGUGUCCGAAUCUCAUGGAAUAUGUUGAGAGAAUUAAGAACAGAUACUGGCCGGAUUGGGGAGAUGCUACAACUAAGUUCAGUAUUGAUUCUGACUGGAAGAAACGUCCGCGUCGGGAAAGUCCAAAAAGAAUAGCACAAUAA